CAUGGCCACGUACCGGGUGCGGGUCCGCACCGGCUCCGAUCCCGGCGCCGGUACCAGCGACGCCAUCGCCGUGACGCUGGUGGGAACCCGCGGCAGCAGCGCCAGGACCGCGCUGGACGGGUGGGGGCCCGACUUCCAUUGCGGGGCGGUGACAGAGUACCAGGUGUGCGUGCCCCGCCCCCUGGGCCCCCUGCUCCUGCUCCAGGUGCACAAGGGGCCCUGCGGGGGCCUCCCCGAGAGCUCCUGGUACCUGGAGAGCGUCACCGUGUGGGGACAGCGCGGGGACACACCUGGGGACACACCUGGGGACACACCUGGGGACACCCCGGACACCUCGGACAGCGAGGACAGCGCUGGGGACAGCGAGGAGGAGGAGGAGGAGGAGGAGGAAGGUGACAGCGAGGACGAGGUGACGGACGAGGAGGAGGAGGAGGGGACAGGUGACAGCGAGGGGACAGGUGACAGCCAGGAGGAGGAGCCAGAGGAGCCGGAGGAGGAGGAGGAGGAGGAGGAGGAGGAGCCGGAGGACGGCGCAGGUGACACAGGUGACAUCGGCACUGCCAGCGCAGGUGACCCCGAUGACGUCACUCACCUGGGCCCCUUCCACUUCCCCUGCUACCGCUGGCUGGAGGGGUACGGCACCUGGGAGCUGCCCGAGGGCACAGGUGGGCACACCUGGGGACAUUGGGGACACACCUGGGACACCUGGGCCAACACCCUGGGACAACCACCU